UCAGCAGGGUGCCGGUCGCUAUGGACCGUCCACCCAGCAGGGAGCCGUCCGCCGUGGCCCUUUGCCCUGCGGUCAGGAGCUGGGGUGGACGCCUGACCCCGGCGGCCCCCCUGGUGUCCCCCUGGCCGCCGGCGGGCACGCCCGGCCAGCGCUGCGUGGACGUGUUGGUGUCCAGCGCCGAGCACCCGGCGCUGUUCGCCGUGCAGGCCUGGAGCCAGCUGCACCGGCUGGAGCGGCUGGAGGCUAGGAUGUGUCGCCACUAUUGGAGCUCCCGGGGCCACGAGUGGGCGGACGUGGCGGAGGAGGCGGGAGAUGAAGAGGUGGAGGAGGAGGAGGUGGUGGUGGCGACGGAGCCGUCGUUCGUCGCCUGCGUGCAGGAUGACCGGGUGUACCGGGUGGAGCUGAAGUGUGCGUGCCCGCCGGGCAAGGCCAUGGUGUACCGGGUGGACUACGGGGAGUGGGACCUCGUCCCCCUGUCAACCCUGCGGCCCCUCGUGCCGGCGUUCACCCGGCUGCCCGUGCAGGCCCACCUGGCCCAGCUCGCCGACGUCCCCCGCCGGCGCUGGUCGCCGGAGCUGGCCCAGGUGUUCAGGAAGCUGGUGGAGGGGCGGCCGUUUGUGGCGCUCGUGGAGGAGGAGGAGGGUGACGGGGCGGGGGGCGGGGUGGACGGGGCGGUGGGCAACUCGGCGGGGCGAGCUCCCAAGCUGAGGUUGUCGCUGGUGGACACGUCCCAUCCCGAGCGGGACGUCGUCAUCGGCGAGGUCAUGAUGGGAUUCGCUCGGAGUUGAUGAUGAGUGCAGCGUCGUCCCACGCACAGCGUCAUCACACGCACAGCGUCAUCACACGCACAGCGUCGUCCCACGCACAGCGUCGUCACACGCACAGCGUCGUCACACGCACAGAGUCGUCACACGCACAGAGUCGUCACACGCACAGAGUCGUCACACGCACAGCGUCGUCACACGCACA